AUGACCUCACAGCAAGGGCCAAAUGCCCUCAAGACCUCCCUCCCAGAAACAUACGCCGCCAUGAAUGCUCAACGGCCCCCACCUUCACACGCGCACCCCUCACAAGAACAGCAAGACCAAUAUCUCCAGGGCCGUCCUGGUGCGACGCAACACCACCUCGAAGUCGCUCUACAGCAUGCACAGCAAAUCCAGUCACAAAAAGACGCCGAAGACGUAAUCCUGAACCGCAUUCUCGAGCUCCUCGAGCUUCCCUCCUCGCCGACCGCCGACCCUGCCAACCCAUCCCAGGACGACAUCAACAAAUUGAAAUACUCCCUCGUCCCCUUCCGACCUACCGAUUACGACAACCUGAUUCUAGAGCGCAACUACGAAGAUACCUGCGGGUACGCACUCUGCCCGCGCAAACACCGCAAGCAAAACCACGGCCCGGGCGGCGGGUUUCAAUUCAAGUACGGGCCCAAAGGCAGCGGACCCGGCGGCCGAGGGCGCAGCGUCGACAUCGUACCGCAAGACCAGGUCGAGAAGUGGUGUUCAGACGUAUGUGCCGAGCGAGCACUUUGGAUCCGAGUACAGCUAUCUUCGGAACCAGUGUGGGAGCGACGAGGCGAUAGUUUACGAGGGACGAAUAUUCUGCUUCUGGAAGAAGCGCGCGCGAAACGACUCGCCGCACCGGCUGCUACGGGCACUGUAUCAUCGGUUGUUGACGAGAUGAAUAGUUUGAUGUUGGCGAACCCUGAUCGGUCUCGAGAGCUUGCGGUGGAGCGCGGUGAUACCAGUUCCACGCAUCGAAAUGGCAGAGUGCCUGUUACGCUCAGAGAGAAUGAGUCUGGUGGUCGUCGGUCUGGAGCUCCGCAGAUGCGUCCAGAUGAUAUGACCGGGGGUCCAUUGAGGGUUAUGUUCCCAGACAGGAUAGGGACGUUGAUGAAGAUGGAGAUAUUGAUCUCAUGGAUCAAAUCUGAUCAAAUCUUAUCAUAUAGCAAGAUUGCCAUAGCAUUUUUAGGGCGUUUUCUACGAAUAUUAUACCCAUUGUUGGAAAUUGAUGAAGAAAUCUACGGACCACUGGCAGCAGAUAUGACCUUGUGCAGGACUAUAUCCACGACUCAGACCAAUGGUCAUGAGUCUCUUGAACCGAAGUUCAAGAACUCCUACGUAGCCCGACCUGACAUAAAUCAGAUCAGACACGAGGGAAAAUUGGCAAUCAAGCGUCAUCUCCGUGAGGAGAAUCAGCGACACCUUUCUCAAAGAGAAUCAUUUGUAUUCAUUCCUCAUCCAGGAAUAGCCUUCCACUAA